UUAACCUUACGCCAUUUCCGGUAUAUGCCAAAGGUGUGUUGGAUCAUCAAAACAAAAGAAUUGUGAGAACUACACACAUCUACAGCAGACUAAGGACAGAUUAUAAUAUUAAAACAGAACAAUACUACAUUUGUGUGCCUGCAAUGUGAUCAGCUGACCAAGGGAGAUAACUACAAUGGCCAGCUGGAACGGAGGUGAUAGGAGCAGUGAUGAUGAUUUCAUUCACCCCUCUCGUGAACCCAAAUACAUCAUUCCGACGGUCCCACAGCCCGAGAAUCUGCGUCCUGAUACUGAGGAUAAUGUUCAGAGUCAGACGGAAGAUGUGUUCAGGAACUUUAUGUACCAGAGCUACAGGCAGACUCAAAUACGUCAACAAUACGACUCAACUCCAAGGAUACAUGAGUUCGUUAGCAUGAAUCAGGAUCCUGUCAGCUCUACAGCUCAGAUUGGCAGGCAGCUCGCUCGUAUCGGAGAUGAAAUCAACGAUCGUUUUUCUGAUGAGUUUGAUGGGAUGAUACGAAGUCUCAAACUAGACAAAAACAGUAUCUUUGAUGUUUUUACAAAUGUUGCCAAGAAGACCAUUGCUGGAGGAUUGAGCUGGGGUCGUGUGAUAGCUUUAUUGUCGUUUGGUUUCAAGAUGGUGAUGAAAGUAUUGCAGGACAGUACGGCUCAGGUGCCAGAUUUCCUGAGCACGAUCAUAUCAACUGUGGCUAGAGUAUUCCUUCUAGAGAAAAUAUCACAAUGGAUAGCUGAGCAAGGGGGCUGGAUUGCUGCUCUGACUUUUCAACCUACAGCCAGUAACCUUGCAUUGGCCAUUGUGGGUUUUGCGGCAGUCACGUCCAUAUGUGCCGUCAUUUACUACAAGACAUUCGCCUGACACUUGUCAUCACAUCAUCGUCAAUGGCAACCUAUAGAGAACAUAUUCCAACAAGAUACAUCUGUGUGAUAUUGGUUGUAUAUAAGCUGCGAGAUUGCUGUGAUUUUUGUACAGGGCACCGUGGACAAAGUGAUAGGACAAGGGACAGGCAAGGGAGUGAAGAUAGUGUCACGUUACAACAAGAACACGAGAUAAUGUCAUAGUUUUUAACUCAGUAUUUUGUUAUGGUCAUGUUACAAGAGUUAUGUCCCUUUGGCAGUUGUUACACAUUAUCAUAGUGCUCGCCAGAAAUGGUUGGUACGUUUGUUUUGACCGUAACCAUGGUAACCAAAUGAUAGGAUCUACAGGACAUUGAAAUUGUCGAUUAAAUGUUUCUGAUGGGAAUUGUUGCUUAACAUUGAUUUUUCAUAAUGUGCAUCAUGGGAGGCUGAAAAAAUCAAAUGGAUGUUCUCAGGCUACUGAAGAGUUUGCAAGCAAGAGCCUAAUUUUAAGGGGUUAAGAGAGUGUCAGUAUUUUCUGGUUUUGUCGACAAGCAUAAUCAAUUUUGUCAGGACCAAUGCAUUAGAUUGAAAUGAUGAAGUUGAUUUGGAGUUUGUACAUUUUAGCAUGAAAACCAUCAUCUUGUUUUGUAAGGAAAAUAUGACAAUCUGUCAAUAUGCUCAUGCAGAAAGGAUUCUGUUAAAUAUUCCACUCAACAUUUGCUAAGGACCACACCUUUGGAGAAAGAUGGCUGUUUUGGUCCUUAGCAAGUGUUGAGUAGUAUGUGUGUACCAACCACUCAAAUACAAAGAUGUUCCAAGGUUGUAGCUUGUUCAGAAAUUUUCUUGUUCAGAUCUUUUAUCUCAUUUUCACUAGGGGGCACGGGUGGCCCAGUCGUCUAAGGCGCCGUGAUUCGCUGUGCAGAGUUGCGUCCCUUGGGCACGCCAGAAACCUAUGAUUGUGGGUUCGAAUCCCAGUUC